GAUGAUCUCCAGCAGAGAGCAGAAGGAGGCGAGGAGCGAUGGUUAGCUGAGGUAAACCGCUCCAGCAGCUGAACUGGGAGGAUUUGUUGGGAACUGGGAAGUUCUGCUGCUUUUUGAGGGAUUCUCUUUCAUGCUGAGGAUCUGAGGAGGGUUUUUGAGGCGUUUGGAACUGGUUUAGCUCGCUGUGCUAACAUAAUCUAACGUUAGCUGCUGCUGUUGUUUUUAGCCGUUGAGCCUGUCCUAACGUUUCAGAGGACUGUAGGAGCUGGUUGAAGCUGUUUUUUGGACCUUGGGAGGCUUUGUCGAGGUUUAAUCGUGCUGAUAUCGCAUUCUGAGGCUUUAAUAUCGUUAUAUUCGUGAUUGUUUGUUAGUUGAAGCUGCUAGCUAAGCUCAUGUAGCUCUCUAUACGUGGAGAUAUGCAGCCUAGCUCUAUAGGUUAGCUUCAGCUGGUCACAGGCUAGUCUGAAGGAGCCACAAUAAUAACAUCUUUACGAAAACAUGACUUUAUGACCUAAAUAACAUCAUCUUUCCUGGUCUUUUCGUCGUUUGUCAUUUCACUAUCCAUGUUUUUUGGUCCUAAAACCUCCCAAAUCUACCUUCUCCCCAUGUUAAGCUUGUUUCUCUCCCAGAAAACAAGCUUAAUUGCGAAUUUUGAUGUUCCUCGCUUCCAGUUUCUCACUAAAUAAAGGAGACACGAUGGCCAAAUGCUGGAAAUCCAAACCCAGACUUUCUCCAAGCCUCUGUUCCACCAGUUUCCUCACCAGGUUUCUCACGGUUCUGCUGUUUACCCUGCACUGGGUCAGCUCCGAGUCCAGCGACGUGGUCCAGAAAGAUGCCCAGUUUGGUGUGCCUUACCAGGACACAGUGACCAGCCACAACCAGACCAUCUACUCCUUCAACCACACAGUCUCCAGAAACAAGACGGAGGGCGUCAGAGUGUCAGUGGAGCUGCUGUCUGCGAGCACGAAGAGUCCCAUCCUGUUUGUGAUCCGGCAGAAGCAGGCUGUCCUCUCUUUCCAGGUUCCGCUCAUCCUCCGCGGACUAUAUCAGAGGAAGUAUCAGUACACCCAGGUGGGUCGAACCCUGUGCCAGCCCCCCACGCUCGCUGUGGCUGAAACUCAGUUUUUCUACGUGGAUGUGUCGACCCUAUCCACCUCCACCGUCCACUACCGGCUGCAGGUCAGCCGAGUGGAGAGCUUCACACUACAGACAGAUACAAAGUUUACCUUUAAUGCUACUCCGUCCCAGCCCCAGUUUUUUAAGUAUGUUUUUCCUGAUGGCGUGGACACUGUCAUUGUGAAGGUGAACUCAGAGAAGAAUUUCCCCUGCUCGGUCAUGUCCAUUCAGGAUAUUCAGUGCCCCGUGUACGACCUAGACAACAAUGUGGCCUUCAUUGGAAUGUAUCAGACCAUGACCAAAAAGGGAGCAAUUACAGUGCAGAGAAAGGACUUUCCCAGCAACAGUUUCUAUGUGGUGGUCGUGGUGAAGACGGAGGAUGAGGCAUGCGGCGGGCCGCUCAAGUACUACCCCCUCCUACCUGAUGAGCUGUUGGAUGCUGGGAAUCGUAGUAAAACUCUGGACGUGGUCGUGUAUCCUGCCAUCGACUCGGAGGUGUACGUUAUGGGAAUGCUGUUCUGUCUUGGCAUCUUCCUGUCCUUCUAUGUACUGACCUUCCUAGUGGCCUGCAUAGAGAACAAGAGAAUGAACAGAAAGAGGGAGGGGUUUCUGAAACCUGGAGACAUGUCACCAGCAGAGACAGCCUCUCUUUUAGGUAAAGGGCUGACACCCGCCUCUCCAUAUGAAUACGGAUCAUUUGCGGAUAACGGCAGCACCAUAAGUUCAGAACCCGUUACUGACAGUUUGGCGUCAGCUGAAGGAAACUACGGAUAUAUGGGACAUGAGGCUUUCAAGCGUCGGCUAAUCAGCUCACACCACGUAGCCAUCCACUUUGACCGCUCGUUGGACACGGUGGGUCGUUGUCGGCAGGAGUCUCUGAGUUCAGUGGAAGAAGACGAUUAUGAUACGCUGGCCGAUGUCGACUCUGACAAAAACAUUGUCCGCACCAAGAAAUACCUGUGCGUGUCUGAUCUGGCCCGUAAAGACAAGCGUGUCCUGAACAAGAAAUAUCAGAUCUACUUCUGGAACAUCGCCACCAUUGCUGUGUUCUACGCCCUGCCUGUGAUCCAACUGGUCAUCACCUAUCAAACGGUUGUCAAUGUGACAGGAAACCAAGACAUCUGCUACUACAACUUCCUGUGUGCCCAUCCUUUGGGGGCCCUGAGCUCCUUCAACAACAUCCUGAGUAAUCUUGGUUAUGUGAUGCUGGGGCUGCUGUUCCUGCUGAUCAUUCUGCAGAGGGACAUCAUACACAACCGUGCUCUGAUGCGCAAUGACAUCAACGCUCUGGAGUGUGGGAUCCCGAAGCAUUUCGGUCUGUUUUAUGCGAUGGGUACGGCUCUGAUGAUGGAGGGGCUGUUAAGCGCCUGUUACCACGUCUGCCCCAACUAUACCAAUUUCCAGUUCGAUACGUCCUUCAUGUACAUGAUCGCGGGUCUGUGUAUGCUCAAACUGUAUCAGAAGAGACACCCAGACAUCAACGCCAGUGCCUACACUGCCUACGCCUGCCUGGCUGCUGUCAUUUUCUUCUCUGUGCUGGGAGUGGUGUUUGGGAAGGGUAAUACAGCUUUCUGGAUCGUGUUCUCAGUCAUUCAUAUUCUGGCCACAAUGCUGCUCAGCACUCAGCUCUACUACAUGGGCCGCUGGAGGCUGGACUCUGGGAUCCUGCGCAGGAUGCUGUAUCUGAUUUACACCGACUGCAUUCGCCAGUGUAGUGGCCCCAUGUACAUAGAUCGAAUGGUGCUGCUUGUGAUGGGAAAUAUUGUUAACUGGUCACUGGCUGCGUAUGGACUUAUUAAAAGGCCGAAUGACUUCGCCUCGUACCUGCUGGCCAUCGCCAUCUGUAACCUGCUGCUGUACUUCGCCUUCUACAUCAUCAUGAAGCUGAGGAGCGGUGAGCGGAUUAAGUGUUUGGCGCUGGUGUGUGUUCUCUUCACGGCUGUGGUUUGGGGCUUCGCACUCUUCUUCUUCUUUCAGGGGCUCAGUACCUGGCAGAAAACGCCGGCGGAGUCUCGUGAGCACAAUCGGGACUGCAUCCUACUUUCCUUCUUUGACGAUCACGACAUUUGGCACUUCUUGUCCUCCAUCGCCAUGUUUGGUUCCUUCCUGGUGCUCCUGACGAUGGACGAUGACCUGGACACUGUCCAGAGAGAUAAAAUCUACGUCUUCUGAGUCCUCUUCUGGCCAAUCACUGCACAGUUCUGCAGCCUUCGCUGCUCCAUUGGUGGAUGAAUCACGCUGGACAGAGCGAGCAGCCACCUGUAGAACAAUGGGACACUAAAUGUGCCAAUCAAACUCGCCUGGUUCACUUUGCACCUGCUGGAGCUCGUCCUGUUGUCGCCGCCAUUGUCGCCUCCGUCUCAACGGUCAAUCUGUCUUCAUGACACUGUGUUUCUCCAUGAUGAUGGUACUUCAACGGUUUGAGAAUCUGGGAGAAAAACCUGACAAACCUGCCGUGCAAACGUCAAUGCAUUUUGUACAUUUUUGCAGCGUGUUUGUGAAUGGAUGCACAUGAGUGUGUGUAUGUGUGAGAAUGAGAAUGUUCAGUCAACCUGUGGCCUUCCAUAUUUUGAUUUAGGUCCUGUGGGGUGUAAAUUGAUCGCAGAAGAAAUACUGUAGCUGUUUCAGCCUUUAUAAAAGAUGAUGGUGGUGGUGGGGGGUGGAAUCUACUUUGCACUGUAAAGAAAAAAGCUUUUAAGAACGGAGAUGUUACUUAAUAAAGUAUUUGUAUGUUUUUCAAUACUGUAAA